CAUUUCUAUGACAUUUCAAAUAAGAGAAAAUUUAUGCUUGGAUUGAUGGCAAUUGGAAAAGGGGAAUUCUAGGACAACUUUUCAAACUCAUGAGCUCAACAAUUUGAAGUAAUACUCUGGUAAAAGCUUUCGAAUCUGCAAAUUGGAACAAUGAAGCAUUUAAGGAGAGAGCAAUUUAUCAGGGUGGUUAAGUCUCCGGUUCAUAGCUUUGCACCCACCGAUUCAGAAAAUUCUCACCAAACCCGGCUGUGUUCUGAUAAAAAUUCGGACCCAGUAAUCCGGUUCACCGCUGCAUUCUUGUUCGAUUCGACGACGAGAUCAGACUCAGUGCAGCUCAAGGUGUACUUUUCGGCAACCCCCAACUUUGCCUCGCAAUCCCUUGACCCAAGCAGAUUGAUUCGCAGCUUGAUGCUUGGUUUUAGUUCGUCUUUCGGCGCUUCACGUAUCAAAUUGCUUUCCUUUUCUGUCUUUAAAGGCUUUGGUGCAGAGGCAUUCUUUUGAAGCACAGAGAAUUGGGUAUGGCUCUCUCGUUUGAUUUGCAGGAUUUCAUUCUCCGUGCUCGAGUGCUGAAGCUGUACAGGCAAGCACUUAGGACUGCUCGAAGAGCUCCUGAUCGCGCUAGAGUUGAAUUGGAAAGAACUAUCAGACAGGAGAUGGAAAGUAACCGGAACUAUAGUGACAAGCAAAAGAUUCGUUUCUUGAUUAGUGAAGGUUUGAAAAGAUUGAAAGACCUUGACGAAAUGCUUGACAUGCAGGGAAAUUCUUAGAGGAGCAAAGCUCCAUUUUUCUUUAUGCUUGUUGAUCAAAUAUGAUAAUUUUGCAGAAACAAUUUGUGGGUAUUGCUUCUUUCAGUUUUCUAGUCUAUUUUCUUUUCUUUUUUGGCUGUGUAGUGUCUUGUGAAAUGGAUUGUUCUGUCAAAGUUCUUCGUUGAAAACUGGAUGUUGAUGAAAUCUUUUGUUUUGGCAAUUCCUGGUUGAGGUUCUCCUCUACCAACAUUGUCCAUGAUCUUGUUGUACCCUCUUUUGAAUCAAUAUUUAUAAUGCCACUAGAAAUUGGAUC